AUGCUGCGGCUCGUGUCGCUCAAGUUGGGGCGGCUGUACCGCUACGCGAAGCUGGCCGUGCUGGGCAGCCUGGCGGCGGCGCUGGUGCUGAACACGCACUCGCUGCUCGCCUCGCUGCAGCGCAACGAGCUCUCGGAGCGGCGCUUCCUGCAGCUCAAUAAGUGCCCGGCCUGCUGGGGCACGAGCUGGUGCCGCAAGUUCCUCAACGGGCAGCUGCGGCUCGAGAGCUGGGGCCGCCUGCGCCUGCUCGACUUCCUCAACGUGAAGAACGUGUUCUUCGCGCGCUACGGCGAGCCCCGCGAGGGCAGCCGCCGCGUCGUGCUCAAGCGCCUCGGCUCCGCGCAGGAGCUCGCCGACAUCGACGCCAAGAUCUGCCGCCGCGCCACCGGCAGGGGCCGCUGCGACCUCCUGCAGGCGCUGCACGCCACCGAGUUCGCGAGCCUCAACGGCGACGUGCGCCUCCUCACCCCCGACGCCGUGGAGGGCUGGUCCGACCUGGUGCACUGCCCCUCGCAGCGCCUGCUCGACCGCCUCGUGCGCCGCUACGCCGAGACCAAGGACUCGGGCAGCUUCCUGCUGCGCAACCUCAAGGACGCGGAGCGCAUGCAGCUGCUCAUCACGCUCGCCUUCAACCCGGAGCCGCUCGUGCUGCAGAGUUUUCCGUCGGAUGAAGGCUGGCCGUUCGCCAAGUACUUGGGAGCGUGCGGGAGGAUGGUGGCCGUCAACUACGUYGGGGAGGAGCUGUGGAGUUACUUCAACGCGCCCUGGGAGAAGCGGGUGGAUCUGGCCUGGCAGCUCAUGGAAAUAGCGGAGCAGUUGACCAACAAUGACUUUGAGUUUGCACUCUACCUCCUCGAUGUCAGCUUCGACAACUUCGCCGUCGGACCCCGGGACGGGAAGGUUAUCAUUGUAGAUGCAGAAAACGUUCUGGUAGCAGACAAAAGAUUAAUCAGACAGAAUAAACCAGAAAACUGGGAUGUAUGGUACGAAAGCAAGUUUGAUGACUGCGAUAAAGAAGCCUGCCUGUCCUUCUCCAAAGAGAUCCUCUGCGCUCGCGUCACCGUGGACCACAACUACUACGCGGUUUGCCAGAACCUGCUGUCGAGGCACGCCACGUGGCGGGGCACCUCGGGGGGGCUGCUCCACGACCCCCCGGCCCACGUGGCCAAGGACGGCCGCCUCGAGGCCCUGCUGGACGAGUGUGCCAACCCCAAGAAGCGCUACGGCCGGUUCCAGGCCGCCAAGGAACUGCGGGAAUACCUGGCACAGCUCAGCAACAAYGUGAGGUAGUCCACGGAGGAACAGCCGGCGCGCACCGCCUGGAACACUAGCAGUCAACAAGGUCUUGAACCUCCGUGUUCAAAAGAGAAUGAAAAUGACACUAGUUUAUCAAUUUUACCAAUACCGUAAAAAUUAGAAUUUUAUGGUGUCGCGAUGUUCCUCUGCAAACGGACAAGGUACUUAACGAACUAAAACUUGGGCUUCUGUGGACUGUUCUCCCUAACUAUUUAAAAUGGGGGAGGUYGGGAAAAGACUGUGGUAGAAGCUCUCAAAUAAGCUGUGUCAAUGGUACUUUACAUAAAACUGCAUUGGUAUCACAGUUUUGUGAAGCUGGUGUACUUACUUGGAAAGUCAAGUUAGGCUGGCCUGUUUUAGAGGCCUCUUUUCUGACRUCAUUGUCUCAUUUUUGUGUUUGUUUAAACACCUGGAAGUGGCAUUUACAUGCAGGUAAAUCUAGCUGUCUGCAUUGUUUGGAAUUUAACAGGCUUUCCUAUUAAUGCUGUGCAGUACAUUUCUACUGUAAGUGCAGGAUUCCCAUGUUUACUGUCUAAUUUUAGGGUUUUUACACUGUUUUACUAUGCUUAAACAUUGUGGUUUUUUUUUUAAGAUCAUCAUAAACCUGGAUGUCAUUAGAAGUGAUGCUCAUUUUUGAUCUCUUUCGUAUUUCUGCCAUUGGAGAUUUCAUUUAACUGUAGUUAUUGUACAAAAUUUCUACCGUUCAUGCCAGUAUAUAUACACAGGACUGUUUAGCAGGGAACCAUAUUAUGAGCAAACUCUCAUUUUUAACAAAAAUAAUUUGAUGACUGGGGAGAGACUAGGGUUAGAUAAACAUCUUAUGAAUUUGAGUUGAAGGUAGAUAUUUGGCUUAGAAUAAAAAUUCACUAGUGCAGUGUAGCUGAGCAUAAACCAAAGAAAAUGGUUUUGUUUCUUAGACCUUAAUCUAGUAUUGAAUUAAAAAAUGAUGUACUCCCAUGGGAUUAACUCUCAGAUUUCAAAUUUCAGUAGUCCUUGAUUACUCUUUGCAAGAACUUUUAAAACUGCUUGCUGAUACUACAAGAAAACCAUCCUUUGAAUAAAAAUUCAGGUUAGUGAUUUGUUAUACACCUUUUCUUAUUCUGUUGAUUUCAAGUGAAGUUUACUGAAUACACAUGUUUUCAUUUAGCAAAAUAGGUUAAGCUCUACUCACUCUAGACACCGUUUCUUGAACUAUGACUCUUUCCAGUGCAGGUAAAAUUGACUUGCCUAGGUUUCUGUAAAUCUCAAGUGGUUUCCCUUAAUUAUAAUCUGUGUAGAAACCUCAAUYACUGCUACAAGAACCAUCUUCAAACUUCGUUUUUAUAUUUUGUAGCUCCUAGAGCAUUUCAUUUUUCCUGAAGUCUUAAUUCUAAGAGGAUCAUCUUAGAAAUCUUAGAAAAUAUAUGCUUAUUUCUUCUUGCAGCAGGAAUGAAGAAAACUAAAAUUAUUGUAGGCUUGUAUAAAAUAGUGCUUUGUACAAGCURAAAUUCCUGAGCAAGGUGGCAUUCCCAGACGUCAGGGCUAUUGUCAGUUUGCCUCUGAACCCCUGCAUCCUGUGAGUGGUGGAAACUGCUGCACGGGCCAGGUGAAGAAGAUGAGGAGCUCGUUGCCCUUCUCAAAGCUGGAAAACUGCAGUCAUGUCAAGAUAGAAAGUUUCUUCUGUGUGAGUAGGUUUUCUUAAUGAUUUAGAUAACUGUAUUAAGAAUUCUUAAAAAUUCUUAAUUUCACAUUGAAAGUUCUUUGCAUAUGUAGUUGUAAUUUACUCCCAAUCCCUUACCUUGCUUCUUUUCAGAAGUUAGAGUGACCAAUGCAGCUUUUAUCCCCUCCCUUCACGUCAAGACUAUUUUACAUCCUUGUUCUAGGGGAAGGUUUUAGAGAGGAUUCACCUUAAAUGUUUUUUUUAAUGACAUAAUCCAUUUAUUUGAGGAGAACACAACAGCCCUGAGACUAGAUAAUACUAUCCUAUCAUACAAGCCUUGAGUAAUGACUAGAAUUGAUUUUUGUUUGUUUGCUUGUUUUAAACAUCCACUACAUUUCCUGACGAGUGACGGUAGUGCGAGUGGAAAAGGUUCAGCGCAAACACUGCCACUUCUGGCUGCUGCUCGGGGCAGUUCUGUGCCUGCCAGGCUCUCCAAAUAGAUCUGGUUUGGGGUUUAGUCUUGGAAUAGUUACUAUUCCAAUAGUUACACACUAUAGUUACACAGGAGUAAGUUACUAAAGCUAAUUGUGAAAGGAAUUUGGAACUUGAAGACACUACAGGGAAACCAUUGUGGAAAGCAAUAAAUCUUGUUCAGUUUGCACCGAUCAGAUGUAUUGUACAAUAACAAUUUAUAUUUUUAGUCAUUGCCCAUUAUUAUUGAUGAACACUUGGUGAAAUAUUUUUGAAUGAGAUGUUUGGGGUUUGUAUGUGCAUUAAAAUUGUCUUUUUGUACUGUAAGUUACUGUUUGAUUGGGAUAUUUUAUCAAGACUGUCUCCCU